GAACAAAUCAGAUCAAAGAAAAUCACAUCAGCAGACGUCCGUUAUACUCGUAAAGGACACACUCACGUAAAGGAAGCAACGAGAAUCGUUCGUGCCUGGCAAGCUGAAAUCGAAGGGGUAGCAAAAAUAAAUAAAGCGUUGGAAUCUCCACUGAGAAAAAUUGAUUAAUUUUGGAAACUCUUGCUUACUUUCAUCUACCCAAAUAUUAAAUAUAUAUAUAAAAAUAAAUUCCUAGCUUGAACCCCCCCUCUCUGCCCCUAGCAUAGCGCGUUGGUUCGUUUUUUAGGAAAUAGAAGAAGAUUUCGCGUGAAAGAGCAGUGGAUUAAAUGAGGGGAAAGGGAGUGUCGAGAGAUUGUUCUUGCCGUAGAACUCGAUCAGGGAAGAAAACGAUAGGGGGCCGCGAAGGUCAAGGGAGUCUUGAUAAUAUUGUUGUGAUUGACGUUGAUAGUGAUGAGUUUGAAAACGUUAUUAUCGUUGAUGUUCCAGAGUCUUCACAACAGAAGCUAAGAGGUUCUAGUGCUGCUAGAGAAGGAAGAAGUUCUCCAUGCAUAAUAAGCGUUGACGACGACGACGACGACGAUGAAGAAGAAGAAGAUGAAUGUUAUACAGUGGAUGAUCAUGAAAUUAAUGAACAAGUUGAUGGUAACUUGGAUAGUGAUGGCACUUCUAGUCCAAGCAGUCCUGCCUCUGAUCAUAACGAGAAAUCUGUUCACAGGGAUGCUGAUGGUUGUCGAGUUGCUGAGGAGAAUAGACCUGUGUUCAAGCUGAGAAAGUGCAAUAGAACUUAUGCUGAGAAAGCUACCUCUAGAAAUCGUUAUGGUUUAGAUUCAGAUGCUGAGAAAGCUACCUCUAGAAAUCGUUAUGGUUUAGAUUCAGAUGCUGAGAGUGAUUCGUCUGAAGAUAAUACCUCUGAUUGUGAAGUUAUGGAAGGUUCUUUUGGAGAGGUUCGUGAACAGUGGGAAAAGGCUUCCCUAAAGAGAAAAUCCAUGCGCUGUAAAGGUCUGGAUGAUCAGGCUAGUCCAUGCAGUUCUCACAGUGAUGUUCAUCCAAAUGUUGAAGUAGAAAAGAAGACCAAACAAAAUUCAGAACCUGCUGUUUGCUCUAGUUCAAAAAAUGUAAAUUUUGGGAAAGUAAACUCUUGUGCCUCCAAUGAUGCUGGAGAUGGAGUUUUAGGUGGUUUUCCUGCCAGUGCCAAGAUGGGAAACCCUUUUGCAAAAUGUAAUCAGAAAGGCAAAAGCUUUUCAGGGUCAUGGAAAUCGAGAGCAGAUGAGAAUAUUCAUUUUCAUUGGACUGGUGAUGAUCUUUUUGGAGGAGAGACAUUCACAGGUGAUGGUGAUAUUUCCUGUAACAAGUUUCAAACUGUAAAUGGCCCUGGCAGUAAGUUUCCUCCAGGACCUUCUUCACAGUCCAAUCAAGUUAAGGAUGAUAAACAAUAUCAUGAUAGAACAUGUUUUCAUGAUAUGGAACAAAACACCACGACAGAGCAUUCUUUUCCAAAUACCCAAAGAGGGCCUAGCUUGUACUCAGAUGAUGGGAAAGCAAGUGAUUUGAAUGACAAUGACUCUUUGCCUGAUGGUCACCAUUUUGAUGAGAUACAUAAUGUUAAUAACAGUCAAAUUGGUUCAAAGGAGGAAGAUAAAGAAUUUACUCAGGUGCCAUCUAGUUGCAAGACUUGUUCUAAUGAUGGAAGAUGCAGAGAGAAGUUUGUGUCUUGCACUCAAUCAUCUGAGGAUAAAGUGGUUGAAAAUGUUGUAGCUCCCUCAUGGACUACACAAGAAGUCAGGGAUGAGAAAUCUGAUCACUAUGAAAGAGCUCCUAGGGAAAAGUCUUCACAAUGUCAUGACACACUAAGUAAGCGAGGGAUAUCAAAUUCUGCAGAAGGAAAGGAGGCGUUUACUGAUUUUGCAUCCAGCAGUCAACUUUGUUAUGAAAGGGAUCCAUUAUGUGCUUCACAUGGUGAUCUUUUGCUUUCUGCUGAAAGAGAUAUAAUCAAUGAGCGAGAAAAGCUCAAGGAGACUGAUGAAUACAAGCAAGCAAUAGAAGAAGAAUGGGCUGCUAGACAUCGACAGCUACAGAUUCAGGCAGAAGAGGUUCGAAGAUUGCGGAAGAGAAGAAAAGCUGAAACUUUACGUAUUCUGGACAUGGAGAGAAGGCAAAAACAGCGCUUGGAAGAAGUGAGAGAGACACAAAAGAAGGACGAGGAGAAUUUGAACAUGAAAGAGAGAUUUCGUGUUGAAGUAAGGAAGGAGCUUUAUAGAUUGGAGGUUACAUGCUUUAACAUGGCAUCAUUACUUCGUGGCUUGGGAAUCCAUGUAGAAGGUGGCUUAAAACCCUUGCCAAACCAGGUGCAUGCAGCUUAUAAGCGAGCCUUGCUAAAAUUACAUCCUGACCGUGCAUCAAAAACUGACAUUCGUCAGCAGGUUGAGGCUGAGGAAAAAUUUAAGCUUAUUUCUCGAAUGAAGGAGAAAUUUUUGUCCACUUCAUAUCACUGAGUUGCAAUAAAAGCUUUUUUACAUCCAAAGCUUGGUGCAUGUAUGUUAGCAAGAUGGACCUGGUGUUUAGCUUUGAUGGAAUGAUUUGGACUUGAGAUGAAGUGUUUAAGUGAUGCCAUCGGGACUGAGGUAGGUCUUUGAUUCAUUUUUUACAAUGUAAAAUAAAAGAUCAGCUUGUUAAACUAAAUGUGUUUAUGAUUCAAUUUGUGUAGAAAAUAUUAUACUUGCUGCAGCACCUAACAGUUUACACUGUUGUGCAAGGAAAUUAAACAAACAGUUGGAAGUGUUACCAUCUAGUAAGAUAAUAAAAGUAAACUUAUGUAUUGGUAUCGGGAGUUGCACAUGUAGGAUAAAUGUUGUAUCAAUCGAGUUAACUUGGUUUUUUUUUUUAAUUUUUUUUAAUCAAUUUUUUAUUUUCAGUUUUACAUUUCAUUGUUUUCUUUAAUUUUUUUUGUACGGAGUUAUCUUGAUUUCGUAUCUAGAUCGUGAAUUUAGCAUGUUGACUUGAGUUAGGUUUUUUGCUCUCUUUUAAAAUUGAUAUUUUUUUAAUUUAUUCUUCAGUAUUUAAUUUGAUUUGGUAUUUGAACUUUAAAUUAUUUUUUUUUAUAUGUAUUUAGUUAUCCCAUAUUCAUUUUUUCUUUUGUUAUUAAAUAGAUAUCUUCUAAGGGUAUUUUUUUUUAUAUUAGAAAAUAUUUUUUUUAAUCAUUGUUAUUUUUUUAUCGUUGUUUUUUUUAUAUAUAAUUAUAUUAUUAAAUUAAUCAAGUUUAUUAAAAAUACUCAAAUUAAUAGGUGAAAUUCUAAAUUUUUUCUGCUUGUUUAAAAUAUUAUCAUUGUUUAUUUAUUUUUUGUUAUGAAAAAUAUAACUUGGUCGGUGACAUAGCAUAAGCCACCCUGAAGAUAUUCGAGCACUUCCGUUCUAGCUCUCUUGCAAGAAGAACAGUCCUAGUAAGCUAGCUCGCGGUUGUUUCCUGCCCCGCAACGUAAAAAGUAUUGCACUCAUCAAUCAGAUCAUUUAUCGAUAUCUUCUUGCUCUUAUCUUCAUCUUGAUAUGCCUUUAGAAGUUGGCCGUAGAAAUCAUGUCCGUAACCAUCCAGUUUUCCUGAACUUGCCUCUUCCUCCCUUUUUUGCAUCGUUUUUAUGAAGUCUUCGAUGCUUCCUUCCAGAUACUCUGUCUUAAUAAAUCUUCUGCUACAGCGGAUAACUCCAACAAGUUGUUCAAAGAACAGAGCUUUGUACAUGUAAAAUAACGCGAGGGGAUACUUUUGUUUCAAUUGUUUUAUAAUUCUGUUCUUUCUUUCUAUAACUGUUUCAAGACUAUUAGGUCUAAUCCGAGAACUGUUGGAUUAUGUACCUACCCCAUGUUUGAUGUUAAAAUUCGAUAACUAUUGGAUUAUGCAGCUUGAGGAAUAAUUUAAUUGGUCAAGUUUUGGGUU